CAAGACCAGGUACCAGAAUAUCUUCCCGUUUGUGGGCGUACCCCAGGACAGAGACUGCUAUAAAUAUAGCGCACAUUUUCGCACUUUAGCGGUGAUCGACGCAAGCGAGAAAACAUUUUCUGUAUUACCACAAUUCAGCCGACUGUGUCGCGAUGAAGGCAACGAUCGUGGUUUUCGUUCUCGCCACGAUCACGGUACAAUGUUAUGCACAUAUGGUAGGCGGUUGGACCGAGCACAAUCCCUCGAGUGAUCCAAAAUAUUUGAAACUUGCCCACUUUGCGAUCGCUCAACAGACAGCUGGUCUCACCCAUUACAGUACAGUCCUGAGGCUCCUGAAAGUAGAGACACAGGUUGUCGCUGGAGUCAACUACAAGUUGAUAUUCGAGACUGCUCCAUCGAACUGUGCCAUCGCUGAUGGUCCAUAUUCUAUCGAACACUGCAAGCCUACAACUGAUCAGGCUUCAGCAGCCUGCACUGCAAUCAUCUACGAGCGUCCGUGGGAUAACUACAGGGAACUUACAUCCUUCAGGUGCCACAAGUGAAAUGCCUACCUGACCGAUACGAGGCCACCUAUAUGCUGCAAUAUUGCUUAUCUACAAGUGAUCAAAUUCAAAUUGAAGAUGUUACUUGCAUAUUAAUGAGGUGAAUGCGAGAAUAAAAAUAU